UAGUAUGUACGUGUGACUCUUUCCGUACGUAGAAAUUAAAAGGGAAAUCCAAUUCAAAUCGUACAUCUUCAAGCAUAAGGAGUUGUGGAAACAAAUAGAAUUAGGCAUUAGACGAGACGACAGGUGUUCUUUGACCGUUUGACAUGUGUUCAUUGAGGGUCGUGUGCAACAGCAACAGCCAAGCUAUUGUUUUACACAUGUCAACAGCCCACUUCUCCUCCUAACUAAGUAGGAUGUGCAUCUAAUGUGCCUCUCAAUUUCCCAUCAAACACAUGCCACAACACAACACAACACUGGGCAGCAGCCACCUGCAGCUCAAAAUAUUUAUUAUAUUAUAUAUAGGUCACUGUGCCAGCCAAAUCUUCUUCUUCAUCACUUCACCAAACCAAGGCCUUCUUAUUGCCUUACAUGGAAAAGGAAGGGAGAAAGGUAGGGAAGAAAGCUACAGCAAGCAUGGGGCGCUCAAGAAAAGGGUGCAUGAAAGGGAAAGGAGGGCCAGAGAAUGCACUGUGCAGCUUCAGGGGAGUGAGGCAGAGGACUUGGGGGAAAUGGGUGGCUGAGAUUCGAGAGCCCAAUCGUGGGGCUCGGCUUUGGCUGGGCACUUUCAACACCUCAACAGAGGCAGCUCUUGCUUAUGAUGAAGCAGCUCGAAAGCUCUACGGUUCCUCUGCCAAGCUCAACUUGCCAGAUCACAAACCAUCAUCAUCAUCAACUGCAAAUUCAAGUUGUUCACGCACCAAGUCCACCUCUGAUCAGUAUAAUAUGAAGGGUGGAUUUGGGGAAUCUGUGAAGGGGGGCUCAAGUGGAGAUGGUUGUGGUAAGUUAGGUGGUGAAGCUUGUUCAGAUUCAUUAAUAUUUGGAGGUUGGAGUAUUGGAGAUGGCUUAUGGGAGAGUACUACUACUACUGGUGGUGCUAGUGCUAGUACUGGGACUACUAGUCCUGUAUUGAGCAGUUGGGCUGGACUUUGUGGUGAAAAGGAUUUCCUAGAGAUGAAUGACAUAGGAGCUGACGUUAUGAUGGGGGGAGGAGAUGAAUUUAUAAAUUGGGAUGCUUUGGGACCUCCAUCAUCAUGGACCUAAUAAUAUUGCUGCUAAUAACUUGUACGUAGCCUUAGACCCUUGUAGGAAUAGGAAGCUUUUUUAUUUUUUUAUUUUUUCUGGUUGGGCUCUGUUUUCAUCUCUGUCAUCUUUCAUGUUAGUGGAUCAAAAAAUAAUGUAAGUCUCUAUUUCUUUUCC